UAUUUCCCUGGAAAAAUCCUUGUUUUCCAAGGAAUUUUUGUUCCCUUCUGUUUUUUCACCGUGGAAACCAGUGCCACACAAUGCCAGUGGGUCCCCACAGGCUGCUCACCCCGUGGGUGUCCCCAGAAGUGUGCAUCCACCUCUCGGGUGCUGUAGUUCUUGAGCUGUGCUGAUUCCCUUCCCAGGAAGAAAUAUCCUGGAGAAAGUGGCUUCUCGGUGGCAGGGAGGCCACUUCCAAGCACAUCCAUGUCCCUUAGCAGCUGGCUGCCUGCAAAAAAACCCUCAAAAACUCCUGGGAGAAACCCCAGGUGUUAUCUCAAAACGCCUUGUUUAAACAUCUCCCUUGUUUGUUCCUUCGGGUAUUUAACGGGCAAACACUUCCCAAUGCUCCGUGCGGGCUGGGGACUGCCAGGAAUUGUAAAUGCUGUAAACAUUUAACUUCUAGGCUUGCCAAACUUUGGUAAAAGAUUAUGGUAAGAGAUGCUGGGCGUGCUGGAGGAGCUGGGGUUAAGUGGAGCAGCCUGGAGCCAGGACCAGCAUCCCUAACAUCGUGUUGCUUUUCCCUGCGUGUGGAUUCAUGGAUGUGGGAUCUCCCCACUCGUCUUGAGGCUCCUGGCAUAUUUUCCUGCCGGGAUGGACAGUGGAGCUGCCGGGGACACCGGCCAUCUGCUGCCAGCAUCAGUGUGGGGACCUCGGCGGCAGCGAGGGGACAGAGAGCCGGACUCUCCCUAGGGACCGAACCUUCUCCCUUCCCUCUCCUUGCCCCGCGUGGGCUGCCCGCCCCCGUGCUGCCUCAUCGGCGGGGGGCUGCGUGCGGGUCCCCCGGUAUCCAUGGCGAUGGGAGGCUGCUUCCCCCCGCGCCCCCUCCCCUUCUCCGCUGCAGCCGGCGAGCAGCCGCAACCGGAGCGGCGGCACCGGAGCUCCGGAGCGGGCUGGAGGGACGGGGGGCGAGCUGCGCCCUCUCCCCGGGCAGCCCAUCGCCUCCGGCGGUAGCUCCUGCACGGCAGCGAUGCAGCCCCCGGAGCCGGGUCGGGCCGGAGGAGGCCCUUCCUAUGGCACCUGGUGGCCCAACUCCAGCGCCAGCCACCUCCUGAGGGAGAACUACACCUUCCUGGCGUACUACCAGCAUUCCUCCCCCGUGGCCCUCAUGUUCAUCCUGGCCUACACCUUCAUCUUCCUCAUGUGUGUGAUCGGCAACGUCCUGGUGUGCUUCGUCGUGGUGAAGAACCGCCAGAUGCGCACAGUCACCAACAUGUUCCUCCUCAACCUGGCCAUCAGUGACCUGCUGGUGGGCAUCUUCUGCAUGCCCACCACCCUGGUGGACAACCUCAUCACAGGUUGGCCCUUUGACAACACCAUGUGCAAAAUGAGUGGUCUGGUGCAGGGCAUGUCCGUCUCCGCCUCCGUUUUCACGCUGGUCGCCAUCGCUGUGGAGAGGUACGUCAGCAUGGGAACGUGGGGACGUGGGGACCAGGCAAUCUCCAGCAGGUCCAGGUGCCCUGUGCGGCUCCCAUUGCGAGAAAACUCCUGGGAAUGUCAGGAACUUGUCGCAGCUCUCCAGGAAGACCACAGAGCUGUCCAUGGGGUAUUCCAGCAAGGUGUCCUUCCCCUGGGACUGAAAACACCAACCUAUCCCUGCCACCAAAAGACACGUGUAAAGAGCAACCCACCUCCCCCUCCAUUCCCACCUCUGGGUCCUGGCUGCCCUCCUUCCCCAGUGAUGUCCCCACCAGGUGUCCAAAGCCACCACCAUCUGUUCUCCCACAGGUUUCGCUGCAUUGUCCACCCCUUCCGGCAGAAGCUGACGCUGAGGAAAGCCCUGCUGACCAUCGCCAUCAUCUGGGUGCUGGCCCUGCUCAUCAUGUGCCCUGCUGCCGUCACCCUGACUGUCACCAGGGAGGAGCACCACUUCAUGGUGGACACCUACAACAACUCCUACCCUCUCUAUUCCUGUUGGGAGGCCUGGCCCGAGACAGAGAUGAGGAGGAUCUACACCAUCGUCCUCUUCUCCCACAUCUACGUGGCUCCCCUCGCCCUCAUCGUCAUCAUGUACGCCCGCAUCGCCUUCAAGCUCUUCAAGUCAGUUGCACCUGCCCACGGCGGAGAGGAGCCGGAGGGGAGGAGGAUCUCCCGGAGGAAGGCCAAGGUCAUCAACAUGCUCAUCAUUGUUGCCCUCUUCUUCACCAUCUCCUGGCUGCCCCUCUGGACACUGAUGCUGCUGACAGACUACGGGCGGCUGAGCGAGGGCCAGCUCCGCCUGCUCGCCGUCUACGUCUACCCGUUCGCCCACUGGUUGGCCUUCUUCAACAGCAGCGCCAACCCCAUCAUCUAUGGCUACUUCAAUGAGAACUUCCGGCGAGGCUUCCAGGAGGUCUUCAGGGCCCCCCUCUGCUCGCUCCGCUGCCAGCGCAGGCCCUACGCCCCCCGGAGCCACGGCCGCGGGACCCUCUUUGGCACCCGCAACCGCAUCUUCACCCAGGCGCGGAACAGCGACUCGCCGGCCGUGUCCGAGUCAGGGCCGCUGGCCCCGCGCCGCACUGGUGUCCCAGCAUGGGACAGCUAAGGAGCCAUGGCCACCAAUCCACUCUGGACCAAGGGCUUGCAGGGUGGGGAGUGGGGAUUUGCCCUGUCGUGGCCAUGAGACAUCAAAAUAAAGGUGUGUCCUAC